GGCCGCAGGAACGGCGUGUGGCGGCCGGACGGGACGCCUUUCACAGCCCGCUGGCCGACUGAGCAGACCGCUGAACAGGAAACUGAAGAAAAUGUCCACCCAGUCAGAACCCGCCGGCGACAAGACUCCUGAUGACGUCAGUAGAGCAAGGACAUCACCUGGUCCUGGUGCGCCGGCCGCCGCUGCUGGACCGGACGGCGAGGCGGCCGGCACAGGGGCCGGCCACCGGCGGCUCAAGUUCAGCAUCGCCAGCAUCAUGGACUUCGCCGAGGCGGACGAGCUGACGGCCGGAGGUCGGCGGGAGUCAGAUGAGUCGGGGGAGCCCGAGGAGCGGAGCGGUCCGGGAGAGGAGCCACCGGAGCCACCGCAGCCACCGGAGCAGGAGGGGCGGGAGGAGCCGGGCGAGCCGGAGCGAUCCCUGCAGGGCCGACUGGGCCUUCUGCCGGGCGGUGACGGCGCCAGCCUGCUGCGCCACUCACCCUGGCUGUACCAGUACUACAGCCUGGCGUCGGCUGGCGUGUUCCCGCCGCUCUCGUCCUACUCGCUGCUCUCCAAGUCGUCAGCUUUUAGCAAGUACACGGCAGCGCUGGCCGAGCCGGUGGCCGCCACACAGACGGUCCCGGCGCCGACGGGGACGGACCGGAGCGCGACCGACACGACCGCGCCGCGUCCGCCCACCGCCAAGAGCAAGACCUUCACCUGCCCCGAAUGCGGCAAGGUGUUCAACGCGCACUACAACCUGACGCGCCACAUGCCAGUGCACACGGGCGCCCGGCCGUUCGUCUGUAAAGUGUGCGGCAAGGGCUUCCGCCAGGCGUCCACCCUCUGCAGACACAAGAUCAUCCAUACGUCAGAGAAGCCGCACAAAUGCAAGACGUGCGGCAAGGCCUUCAACAGGAGCUCCACGCUCAACACGCACAUGCGUAUACACAGCGGCUACAAACCAUGGGUCUGCGAGUUCUGCGGCAAGGGCUUCCACCAGAAGGGCAACUACCGCAACCACAAACUCACGCACAGCGGCGAGAAGGCGUACAAGUGCCACAUCUGCAACAAGGCGUUCCACCAGGUCUACAACCUGACGUUCCACAUGCACACGCACAACGAAAAGAAGCCGUUCAUCUGCGAGCUCUGCGGCAAGGGCUUCUGCCGCAACUUCGACCUGAAGAAGCACACAAGGAAGCUGCACGACGUGGACGCGCCGGCUGCUGGCGGUGACACGGGCAGCUUCAGUCCUCACUUCGCCGGCGGCGGCGGCGGGGUGCCGCUCAUCGGCUCCGGGUACUCACUGGUGCCGCCCGGGGGCGGCCUACUGCCGGCGCUCGGGCCGCCUUUCCCCUCCCUGCUCAGCCCCCACUCGGGCUCCGGUCUGCUGCGGCUGCCCUACCUGGACCGGCUGCACUACCCACCCGCGCUCUGAGCCGACGGCGGCCGCCGUACCCGGACCGGUGACCUCGCCUAGGACAGCGGCCCUACCUGGACCAUCUGUCCUAACAGGACCGGCUGCACUGCCCGUCCGCACUCUGACCCGACCGCCGCUACCCUGCCUGGACCGGCUGCCCAACCUGGACCAACUGCCCAGCCUGGAUCUACUGCCCAACCUACGCCAGCUGCACUACCGGCUCGCACUCUGAGCCGACUGCGGCUUCCCCGCCCAAACUCCGCCAGGCUACAGCUGAACCCCCUGCGAUCGGUUUCCGUGCCCAAGCUCCGCCAGGCUACAGCUGAGCUCCCUGCGAUCGGUUUCCCUGCCCAAGCUCCGCCAGGCUACAGCUGAGCUCCCUGCGAUCGGUUUCCCCGCCCAAACUCCGCCAGGCUACAGCUGAGAUCCCCGCGAUCGGUUUCCCUGCCCAAGCUACGCCAGGCUACAGCUGAACCCCCUGCGAUCGGUUUCCGUGCCCAAGCUCCGCCAGGCUACAGCUGAGUCGCCUGCGAUCGGAGUCGCCACUCCUCAGCGGCAGCAGCCAGCUGUCCAGGCCGCCGUGGCAGGCUCUCACAGCCAGCUGUCCAGGCCGCCGUGGCAGGCUCUCACAGCCAGCUAUCCAGGUCGCCGUGUACAGGCUCUCACAGCCAGCUGUCCAGGCCGCCGUGGCAGGCUCUCACAGCCAGCUGUCCAGGCCGCCGUGGCAGGCUCUCACAAGAUCACCGAACGAGUGUCGCGGUGCUCCGGAUGGCAGGCUGUGGCUGAGUUACCCAUGCCACGCUGUGAAAAACAUGACCUGAGGAACAACUGUUCGGUUAAUACCCCGAGCAUCCGUGCACCCAGCUAGUCCCAGCG